AAAUCUCAAAAUAGCUCGCUGUAAAAACAAAAAAAUCGGCCUCAUCAAUGGCGGCUCAUUCCAACAGUUCCCUCUCUCCACUCCCUUCCAAAACCAUUUCAACAAUCCGCAGAAGCUUCACUGCUACCAACAAACCCUCGCCUCUCAUUAAUCAGAGACGCCUCGAUCCGUUCACACCUGCUAAUAGCCUUUCAGAAUUUGGGGGAAGAAGAUGUGUGGGUAGAGAUUGCGAAGAGAAAGAGAAUGAUGAAAAAGAUUGCUUUUUGAAGGGUUCGAAACUGCAAUCUCCGGCGAAGGGUUGCAAGAAUUUCAUGGCGCCCACCUCGAAGUUCACUCCUUCGCCGAGGAAGAAGGUGUUGGUGGAUAGGAACGAGCCUGUUCGGACCUCCAUCUCGUUCUCCGAUGGAAAGGCCAUGUUUUUCUCUAAUGAGAACGUGUCAGCUUCUGUUGUUGAGACUCAUCCGGUUUCGAAGCCUUGCAAGAAGCCUGUGUGUCGGUUUCUGUGACACGUGCUCCUUUAUUUGAUGGUCCUUGUUGUUCAUCAAGGACCUGGCCUUUUCUGAUUUGAGUAGCAGCAGCUUGUACGAGCAAUCAAGAGCUGUUGUUGCCUCUGCAAGGUCGAGUCUAGGCCGUGUAGCAGCUAGUUCUGCAGCUCUCGUGUUCAAGCUAGCUAACGAGCUGGUUGAAGGCGAGAAACAAGCUCCCGUGCAGUUCAUGAACCUGUCUGAUCUGCAAAGUGGAGAGCGUUGAAGAGGACGAGUUUGAAGAGGAUAUGGACAGUGAAAUGGAAGAUGAAGCCUAUGCAGAUGAGGAGAUUGAUCUUGAAGCUGAAACUGAUGCAUUUGAAGAGAUGGAUCAAUCAGCUGACUGGGAUGAUUACACUGAGAAGGAAACUGAUGAAACUAUUGCAGAAACUGCUUCUGAAACUGUGAUUCAAACAAAGAUGGAUCGAUCAGCUCCUGUUUCUCUCAAUCAAGAAACUGAUGUGGAAACUGCAAUAGAAACUUCUCACAUGGAAUCUGAAUCUAUGCAAAAUAUCCAGAUUCAGACAGACAUGGAUCAAUCAUCUGCUGAUCCUCAGAAUCAAGAAGCUGAAAUGGAAAUGGAGAAAUCACAAGUUGACAUCAACGUUGGAGCUUCUGAUAAUGCUGAGAAGGAAUCAAGUGUUAUCGCAUUGGCAAUUACUUGUUUGUUGGCAGGUGUGGCUGGAGUUGCAGCCUUAGUGUACAAGAGGUUUCACGGCUCCUCACCUAACGUUGUGCAAGUGGAGCAAGUCGUGCCAGUUGAGAGCAAACAACGGGAUGAAGGGGUUAACAAAAGCAGCAACACUGAGGCUAUGGAGCAAGCAGAGAGUUGGCAAACGGAAAUGAGCAGAAGCUGUCAUGAGAGGAGUGGUGGUGGAGGCGAAUUAGUGAGCUCGGAGAGGAAGGCUAGAAGGUAUUCGAAGAGGGAAUUGUUGGCUUCAUCCUCGGGGUCGCCUUCUUAUGGAAGCUUCACCACUUAUGAGAGGAUUCCCACCAAGGCUAAUGGCUAUGGAGAGGAGAAGAUAAUGACUCUGGUUAGGCGAUCCAGCCGAAUUAGAAAGAAGGUCACCUAAGUGUUGUGCAUUAGAAGUAGAAAUAGAAGUAGAAGUAUUUCCCUUGUCACGAUGCCAGAGACGAUAAACAAGAAGUCUCGGGAGGCGGAAUCCCGUCGACAACUCAUGCUUUAAACAAAGUACUAAAAUAAAACAGAA